CAAGCCCACGCAGUACGGCCGCACCACAUGGUCCCUCUCCGACCCGCGCUCGGCGCUGUGGAGGGGCAAGAUGUACAUCGACGGCCAAUUCAGCUGGGGCAUGCUCGAGUGGUGGGAACAGGUGCUUGUCGGUGAGUGCGCUGCGGCGAGGGGGCAUGCCAGGAGGAAGGGGGCUCGGCGAGGUGAGGGACUUGCUCGGCACGGCGGGCAUGGGUGAUCAGGGCGACUCUCGCGCCGAGGGCAGUGCUGUCGACGUGGGCUGCACUCUAGUCGUCGCCGCAAGGUGCAGCUCACACAGCGAUGGCGUCUCCUCGUGGCGACACAGCCUGCGCAGCGAACGUCGCAUCCCGCCGCCUGCUCGCGACGGCGCAGGUCACGCAAGCUGCCUCACCUCGCCGUUGGCCUUCGCUCUCGCACUCUCCCUGCUGAUCCACCUGGCACUGUCCUCUUCCCUCCGAAACAGGCACAGUAGUCCUCUCUCUCACUUUCCUCUUCUGGUACUCUCUCGUCUUCCACUUCCCGCAACACGCACGCGGCGCAGCUCGUCGGGCGUCGUACUACAUCUGGGGCGCCUCCAAUCUCGGCGGCGCAAGCGCAGCGGACGGCGCCGUGCUUAGUCAGGCACAACUGGCGGCGGAGAAGGCGAGGGAUGUGGUGGGCGAGAUCGGGAGGGUGGAGUUGUAGGAGAGUAUGCGAGAGCGAGGGAAGGGCAAUGGGGCGACACGCGAUCUUGAUAAUCUCACGACUUGGCACAACUGGUGAGAGCAGAGGGACAAGCGAGGCAUGGCAUUAGGAUGAGGAGCAGAAGCAGGGUAUGAGGCGUCCGCGAGGGGAGGAAAAGGCGAAGUGCUUCGUGUGAAGAGGAAGAAGCGACCAGCGCUGAGCACGCUGCGUAUAAGGGCUGAAACUAUAAGAGUAGAGAGGGAAGAGGGGUCGUAGCGAGACGUGGAAGGACAUUAGACGGCCAUGUGAAGGCAAUGAUAGGG